CAAAUACGCGCUGACGUGAUUCGCCCUAGCCCUAAUUAAGAGAGAGAAGCAACCCGGAAGGCGGACAAAAGCGUCCUGAGAUUUUACGGAAGCUCCGCUGCCUGCUUCAUUUUCUCUUCCAGAGCCGUCGGGGGAGAACUCUCAUCGCCGCCGCCUCUCUUCCAGGUCCGAUAAAUUCUCUAAUUCCCCAUCUCUCUUAUCCUCUCCGCUCCCUCCUCCCUAAUCAUCUAGGGUUCCAAUUGCCUGGGUUUGCGAUAUCUAGGGUUUCGUAAGGUUCGGCGUUCCCUGGAUCGGAAUCUUGUGGUUUCAAUGGCGUCGGGGCGGCACGGGGGUCUGCGAGACAACCAAUCCAGGGGCCUUGAAUUGGAUAAGGAGGCGUCGAGGAGGAAGGGGCAUCGCCCGGAUCGAAGGAGCCGCCGCGGCCGCGAUUUGGGGGCUAGGGUUGGGGAUUCGCAGGGGCUCCCCAAGAAGAGGGAGCCUUUGAAUGGCUAUCACCGCCACCAUCACCAGCAGCCGGAGAAGCGGCAGAGCAUCGUCGUCGAGAACGGACACUGCUCGGCCGGAGGCGGCGAAGAUGAUCAGAAAAGGAGCCGGCUUUCGGGGCGGUCGGCUGAUCGGGAGCCUGGGGAGCUGUCUGGCGGCAGCGGAUCGGAGGGCCCUGAGGCACCGCAGCUGCAGGUUAAUAAUGAUAACGGAUUCCAGGAUGGGGAAAACGGCCGCUCGAUACCCUCUCCGAGCAAGAAGAGGAAGUUCUCUCCUAUAGUGUGGGAUAGGGAUGACGGGAGGCAGUCCACUACUGCUACUGCUACUGCUACUGUUAGUGCUAUUGCUAUUGCUAUUGCUACUUCUGUAAGUAGAAAAGAAUUGGUUGAGCCCGUCGAACUCCCCCCGCCUCCUCCUCCCCUGCCUCGCGGGCACGUCUUGCCAAAUUCGAUUGAUUCGCCUCGUGACCGUGAGUUGGGCGGCUAUCCGGAAGCCGAGCAGAUGGAAGAGGACGAUUAUGAGUACCCUACUGCACGGAACAUUUCAUCUUCUCGCUGGGCCGAUGGGAACAAUGCACUUGAUGAUGAAAAAGAUGAAGACGCAGAGGCUGUGCCGAAGAAAAAGAGAAGUACGUCGCCGGCUGAUUCGUUGGGAAAAGGAUCGCUUAAGAAAGUUCCAAGCCCUGAGCUUGGAGAGAUUGUGAGGGAGGGUUCUGCAGGGGCUGUGUCUAAGUCGUCUGGUUCCGGACGGGACGACUAUAUGGAUAUUGACAGGAAUGAGGCCGACAGCUAUGUGUCUGAUCGAAUGUCUGAGACAGAGUCAGAGGAUGAGGAUUAUGGGGCUAAAACCCCUGAACCUGCACAGCCGCCACAAAGAUGUAUCAACAUGCUGCAAGGGUGCAGAAGCGUCGAUGAGUUUGAGAGGCUCAACAAGAUAGAUGAAGGCACCUAUGGAGUUGUGUACAGAGCAAGGGACAAGAAGACUGGCGAGGUUGUUGCGCUGAAGAAGGUUAAGAUGGAGAAGGAACGAGAGGGCUUCCCGCUGACCUCUCUGAGGGAGAUAAACAUUUUGUUGUCUUUUCAUCACCCUUCCAUUGUUGAUGUUAAGGAAGUUGUUGUAGGUAGCAGCCUAGAUAGUAUAUUCAUGGUAAUGGAGUACAUGGAGCAUGAUCUUAAAGGGCUCAUGGAGGCGAUGAAGCAACCCUUUAGUCAGAGUGAGGUUAAGUGCUUGAUGCUGCAGCUGUUGGAGGGUGUCAAGUAUCUUCAUGACAACUGGGUAUUGCACAGGGAUCUGAAGACUUCAAAUAUACUUUUGAAUAACCGUGGUGAGUUAAAAAUAUGUGAUUUUGGACUGGCUCGUCAAUAUGGCAGCCCAUUGAAGCCAUAUACUCAGUUGGUUGUGACUUUGUGGUAUAGGGCACCUGAACUUCUACUAGGAGCAAAAGAAUACUCUACUGCUAUUGACAUGUGGUCAUUGGGUUGUAUAAUGGCUGAACUUUUAGCCAAAGAACCGCUUUUUAAUGGGAAAACCGAGUUUGACCAGCUUGACAAGAUAUUUAGAACACUUGGCACACCAAACGAGAAGAUAUGGCCGGGAUUUGCUAAAUUACCUCAUGUGAAAGCCAACUUUGUCAAGCAACCGUACAACAGGCUGCGGGAAAAGUUCCCGCCCACAUCAUUUUCGGGACGCCCGUCCUUGUCGGAAGCUGGAUUUGACUUACUCAACAAACUGUUGACUUAUGACCCUGAGAAGCGUAUAACAGCAGAAGCUGCUCUCAAACAUGAUUGGUUUCGUGAAGUUCCUCUGCCUAAAUCAAAGGAUUUCAUGCCAACAUUCCCUGCUCAACAUGCACAGGACAGGCGUCUAAGGAGGACCAUGAAGAGUCCUGAUCCACUUGCGGAGCAGCGAAUAAAAGAGUUACAGAAAGGGGAGUUAGGGACACACAGCCUUUUCGGUUAAGAGAAACCAAAGUUCUGGUAGAGCACACAGCUAUUGAUGAUCGAUGCAAUACUAACACUGGUAGUGACAGCAGGUUGAUUUCUCUGAGGAUAAAAUGUGCUUGGCCUAUUCAUGAGAUAAAGCAAUCCUCUAAUGAAACCUACAUCGUAAGGUGUGGCAUAUUGGAUUUGUUGCUCAAGUCAAUAUCACUUUUGAAUGCAUUUAUGUAACAUAUUCCUUACUUGUAAUCUUUAAAUGAUGCCAAACAUCUUGGUCUUGAAAUAUCUGAAGUUUAUAAAUAUUUUAUCUUCAUUGUUGGUACCUUUUCCUUUGAUCUUUGCAUUUAUUUUGCAAGAGACGAAUGAUGUGAAGCGGAAGAUCAUUUUAGCUUGUCCUGAGGUGGUCUUUUCUUUUUCUGAAGGAAUUGAGGGGAGAAUUCUAGCAGAAAGUUUUAAGUUUGCGGUUCUUCAAAAUCUGGAGCUUGACAGCUCUUGAACUUGGUGAACCUACUAGGUUUUCUUUUUCUCAAAAAAAAAAAAGCCCCCACUGAAAGCGUGGAAACUCCCAUUGGUCAGUAUACUACUCUUGUUUCUUCUUGUCCAGUCAUGCUAAGUUAUUGCGGACAAAUAAUUUGGCCUGUCUUAUCAUUGUUCUGAUGCUUCAAUUUGCUCACUUCUCAAUUUUAUACUCUUCUACGAUGUUGUUUGCCUGUUAAGUUACAUACGAUGGCGAGGUGGCAAUUUUCUGUCCUUUUCCCUUUUUUUCUCUGUUUUCCCCCCCUUUUUUCCUUCUCAUAUAGCUGUAAUGCUAUCACCAAGUUGCUGUUGCUGUAGAAUUGUUCUUCAAGGCACUAUUGAUAUUGAUGCCGCAAAUUGAUGCUGCAGUUCCAUAGACAGCAACUCGAAUGGGAUAGGUGAUACUGCCAGGGUAAGUCGAGUAUGUUCCAGGUGAAUGCUUAUGUUCUUGAGAAAUCUGUUCUGGAUUUAGUGAAAGUUGGUUUAUAAAACUUUACUAAUAUAUUCCCAUCGUCUAUGUGCAAAGAAUAGUGCUGAUUUUUGUGUAUGCCUUGUCCGCAUGAUGCGCGUGGCGCGUAGCUCCUAAUCUUUUAAUGUGGCCAAGAUAGUGUUCGGAGUCAUACUGUGGCCUGAUAUAUUGUUUUUACAACCGUUUGCUGGACUUCGGGGAAUGGUAUUUUUUGGCUCUUGUUUCAUGCAUUUUAUCUUUUGUUUAUGAUAUCUAAUAAAACCUGCUUUUUUGUGAAAUACAAUCUUAUGGAUUAGAAAGAUGUCGUUCAUCGUCCACUAUGUUUUGUAUUUACAUAGCACGUUCAUUCUUCAAUUAUCACUUUUCCCGCUUUCAAAUAUAUCUGGAAAAUGUGUAUUUAUUAGUCAUUGGGACAUUUGUUUGUAAACAAUAUACCAGAAACGAGUAGGCUUUAAAAAUAUCAUACAAAAAAUUUAACUUGUACAGUGCUACCAUUUUUUAUUCUUUGGAAUGAGUUUGAUUGGCCAGUCGCCUCGCUUUUCUAAUAAUGAGGUCGGUUGAUUGGCCAGUCAUCCUACAAUUUAGGUGUUAAACUUGAUGCUACUGUUGAGUGGGGCUCUGGAUCCUGUUCAGCUAACUGGCCUAGUAUAAUUAUUUUUCCUACUCAGGUGUUCUGAUGUUGUUAAUGCUCUUGUUUCCAUGUCUAAGAAUUAUAUCAGAAUGGUUUUCUUCGGAGGGUGUGGUCUACAGAUAAGAUUCUUUUUCUUUGUUAAAGAGAUAGAGAAUGACAAUGUAGCUCUUCCAAUUUUUUAGUAUACAUCUUUAGGAGCCCUUUCUAUCAAGGUGAAGAGAAGAAAGGGCACCUCUUUGUGAGAGAGAUGCCCACAAGUAAUAGCUCCUACCAGUUGGUGUCCUAGCCAGCUAGGAGUCAUCAGGGAUUUGAGGACUGAGGAGGAAUUCAGUCUGUCAAAAGUUCACCAGGAAUUCUUCGGCACCGUAUCACCAUGGAGAGGCACUAUAGGAGCUUCUAGAUGCCUAAACCUGCAACUGAAGGGAUAUUUUAAGAUUGACCGGUUGAAUAGUGCUUUGCCUAGGUGGCAUAUUUCGAAAACAACAAAACCAGAAAACUGCAAUCAUUCGGAAAAGAUGGUGACUUCGAUAAAGUUUCUACUCUAGUCUUUUAUGUCGACAUAAUAAAUAGAAAGCCUGACCAUCAAAGCUAUCUGUUAUCACAACUUCUAUCUACACUCCAUGACAGAAUGAGAUGUCCAUCAUACUGAAGGUAGGAUCAUGAUAUCAUUUCUUGAAGCUUCAUCAAGAAGGCGAGCAUGAAGGUGGGGCUGUUUUUCACUAUGUUGAUAAGCAAUUACAUGGAGGUAUGCUAAUUUACGAACUUGGUCCUUUUGAUGCGGAUGAAUAGUGUUCAUAUUUUGGAGUCUAUCAAUGUCCACACAUACCUUGCCAAGAAGUUCUUUUGCUCAUAAACCGCCCUGUUGCUCGCGAUAUGAAUUGCCCAUUUUGAUUUAAGGUUUCUUCGGUGGUCUGCUUAGUUUGAUAUUUAAUGCAAAUCACUUUUUGCGUGACGCGGCACACUGGACAAAUUCACUACGAUAUGGACAUCCUUUCAUAUGGACAGUGACCUAUAAGUUGUUACAAAUGGUACAAAGAUCAGGUUGGUACAGAAACUCUGCUUAAGCAUAGGGUAGGGUUGGGGCCGUAAAGAUUUGUUGACACUACUGUCUGUAUGAUCUGCCACAAUUCAGUUCACCCAGACUGCUAACCUUCAAGAAGCACUCAGUAGCUGUGUGAUCAUAAGUUGAUCGAUUCACAACUUUUCAUUGGUUUUCUCGAAGAUCACGUUUGGAGUCCAAGCUGGGGGGAAAAUGUUUGGAUCUUUUUUAGUGAUUGGAUGGAUUUUGUGCAACCGUGAUGCUGGGAACAAAUGUAAAGAAAAGGAAAGGAUGGCUCUGUCGUCCCCACAUAAUUGCCUUAGAAUGUACUGAUUCCCACAGCUGGGAGGGGCAGUAACUACAAUUCAUAGCUACUGUCUACUGAGGUAUGUUCCGUAGUACAUUCGUAAGUCGCAGGUGAACUGAUGCCCAGUGGAAUUCUAGAUGGUUCAAAUGAGAAAGUUGCCAUUUGUUAUGAUAUAUAAUACUGAUUCCACUCUCUUGAAAUUCUUUCUGAUGUAAGCAGCAAGUACAUAUUCUCUCUGAUGUGUGUGAUCUGCUUAAUAAAUGCCAGGCACUUCUAAAGCCUGUUGUGGUUUGCAGCAUGUUCACUUGAACAAAACAAUAGCAAGUCGCAUUGGCCCGGUAACCAAGCAAAGCAACUGGCAUCAGUAUGUAUUACUUGGUCUCCAGUAUCUAUUAGUUUCUUUUAACUGCCAGAUGAGACUCCAUCUCUUGUUAUUGCAGUACCAAGUUAGGUUACGUUCAUUCUUUAACAGAGGUGCCAUAGUGAUAUGGUUGCAGCCAAGAUGUGUACUCUCAUUUUGUUCUUUUAACAAAACUGAGCUGUUUUAAUUAAGUUUAUCUCUAUGAAAUUAGUUUGUUUUGACAGCAUUGCUUGUUAUGUGUGCCUUCAUUUUCAGGUGUUUCUUUUGUCGGAAGAUACAGGUGCACUUCUAGCUGCACUUUUGCUGUAUCUGUUUUCUGAUGUUGUAAUUGUUUUUCAUAAAUGUUAUCGGUUAUUCAUUGAAUAUAAACUCUUUUCGAAA